UCCCUCCCCCUUUCAAAGCGAAACUGUGGAUCGACGGGCUCUCUAACCCAGAACCUCGAGUUUUGCUCCUGGAAUAAAAAUGGUCCAAGUUCACCGAGCUUAUAGACGGUCUCUAGUUGAAAGUUUAAAGUUUAUUUCAAGGACCUGCUGGACGGACAGCAGAACAUUUCUCCGCUUCUCCGCCGCUCGAGUCGGAUUUCUCGCUGCCGUCGCCUGUGUCUUGUGCUUCUCCACAGCGUCGGCAGACCUUACACCCAAGACAAUAGUUGCUCUCGAGAAUGAGACGGUCACCCUGCCCUGCCGAACCAACCAAACAAGCGACCUCCUCACCGUGGAGUGGUCCAAGGCUGAGAUGACCCCCAACAUCACCCUCCUGUACCGCCAUGGCAGAGAGACGGUGGAGGAGAAGAACUCAGGCUUCGUCAACAGGACCAACCUCUUACUGGAGGAAGUGAAGCACGGCAACAUCUCUCAGGUCAUCUCCAAGCUGCGGCUGUCCGAUGCGGGCCGAUACCUGUGCAGGACCAUGGUGGGGAAGCAGCGGCAGGUUGAAGCAGCGCUGGAUCUCGUUGUGGGUGCUGCGUCUGAGCCGAAGCUCACCUUUGUUCCCUCUGGUGCCAACGGGGGAUUGACACUGGAGUGCAGCGCCGAGCGCUGGUUCCCAACGCCGGAGAUAACGUUCCACGACGAGAAAGGCAAAGAGAUUGAAGCCGAACAUCCACGGAGUGAUCAGGACUCAGCUGGACGUUUUAAUGUUAAACGGAGAGCGUCUUUGCAGAUCAUCACCAACAGUGUGACCUGCCAUGUUCACCAGCCGCUGUUGGGGAUGAUUCGGCUUGCACAUAUUUAUAUUCCAGAUGACUGCAUGAGGUCCUGCACCUGCAGCAUGGUGUGGAGCAUCCUGGGAACCGCAGCUGUGCUCGCAUCAUGUGCGGUCGCUUAUUUUCUGUGGAAGAAAUAUGGACGCUCAUGUUGCAGGCAGAAAUCACUUCAACCACCACAGCUGGCCAGUUCCAGUAUGGAAAACACCUUCAACGCUCGGUUACAAAGCGAUAACGAAUGGCUACAAGGAGAAAUCGAAGGGCUGAAGUCACGCAUUUCUGAAAAAGAUGAGAUCAUCGACAAACAAAAAGCAGACAUAGAAGAACUUAAAUUCAAAUACAGUGCUGCUCAACAGCAAAACCAGCCUACAACUAGCUCCUCAUCCUCACUUAAUGCCUCUCACCAAGUUACCCAAACCCUUGACCAUAGCAACACACAACCAGCAGCCACAUCUGCAAGCCACGACCCAAAACCUGGCCACGUGUCCAAGGCGAAAGCCCCCAAACCGUCUGCUUCAGGACCAGCCUGGCUCCCUGCUCCUCCUAGGAAGGACCGACCCAAAAGCACUCCUGAUCUUUUCUCAAACAACGUUUCAUCCUCCUCCAGUUCUUCCUCAGCUUCCGCUACAAAGGAAAUGAAAAUUCCCCGCUCUGUGAGUUUUUCCAGUUCUCGUCCUGGUGUUGCCAGGUCUCCCCGCAGGUACACUACGGGGAACCCCUUCAGCGUUCUGGCAGGUCUAACUGAAGAGUCAGAGUCUCUGAUCCAUUAGCAUGGGAUACUGAGACAAAUUUACGUGAAAUCAACAUGAUGCUUGGUACGGAUAUAGCAUUACCGCAUAUGGUGAUCAUAAGGUCACGAUAUAAGAAAUGGGACUGACCAGUUCCAAAAUGGUACUUCAAGGUUUCUUCCUUUCAAAGUAGGGCUCUCUGAAGUCGCUUAGCUAGUCGGUAUCUUAAAUUACGGCAGAUACCUGAACUGACAUCAGGGACAGCAUAGCUCUAAGACCAAAGUUGAAUUUGCCAUCUUUUAAAACUUGUUUUCUCCUCUUUGUUUGUCUUUUUACUUAUUUUUUAUGACAAUGAAUCACUUUUUCAUUCCGUCCAUGUUGGGAGCUAUUCAUUUUAAAACUUCAGGUUGUCAAUCCAUUUACAUAUUUUCCUACAUAUUCUCAUAUGUCUUCUGCCUUCAAAGUAGGAAAACAUCUCAGUUUUUGUCAAGCUCAAACAGUUUAGAAGCAAAAAGUGUUUAUGUCAUAAUUAUUAUGAUGACGAAUGGGUGCAGUUCUGGCAUUGGGAAAUAAAUGCUGCCAACUGUUUUCUGGUGCUGCAGCAACAGUUUUUAAGGAACAUGCUAAAAAGUUAAAGAAACCAAAUUUUGUAAGCUUUAACUAUAAACUAUGACAGUGUUCGAAAGGAGACUUUGUGAAAUAUUGUAUCUAAUGACGCUAUAUCUUCAGAGAUACUUUUAUUAUUCUUAAUACAAGUAAAGCAUAUUUUCUGUGAAUGUAAUGUAAAGACCUUCUGUUAUUCACUACUUUUUGCAUCUCAAAGGUCCUAGUAAAUAUAGUCUUUGAUUUGAAUUUUUUUUUAAAAGUAUUAAUAUUUUUAUUGUGAUAUUUUUGACGUGUUUACAUGCUCUAUUAAGAUAUGUAAAUUUUAUUUUUUAAAGAAUUUAAAAAAAUAUUUUUACUGUGAUGGAGUACGCCAAUUUUUUUAUGAACAUAGACUUGUAAGAACAUGUGCAACUACAUUACUUUGCCUCAGGUUUUCAAAUACAGCUCUCAGUGAAAACUACCCACAGCUCCCCCUGGUGGGUGGUUUGGGGAAACGUGAGACGUUGAUGGCUUCAAAGUGAAUCAGAUUAAUUUUUAAAGAGCUGGCCCUGUGAUCUGUAUUGUGUGCAUUUAAAAAAUGUUUUAGAGAUUUCAUUCUGUCUGGGACAGCUGUUUCUGUUUGGUAUUCUGUAAAUAUGAAAUGUGUUCAUAUAUUUUUAACAGUCAAAUUGAUACUAAAUGGAAACUCUAAAGCUGGAAAAAAGCAUCAGCCUUGGUAUUUUUCUUACUAUUUUUUGAGAAGGGUUUUUAAAGUAAAGAAAAACAAAAAAAAACAUGAAACGAUGUAAAAAUGGUUGAAGGGUGAUUGAGGGCUAAAAGGUAUAACAAUUGCAAUAAUAAAACUGCACAUAGCACAAAUCUU